UCCAAAACCAAUAAACAAAAAUAUCACAAAACCUGCGUUGAUUUUGGCUCACAUGUUCCAUCUCCAUUGAUGAGCAACAAAACGAGCAUAAUCAUCAUCAUCAGAGUGAAAACAUGCCGUCCCGCUGCGCAAUUUGCUGCGAGUUGCUGAUCGCCGUCUUGCUCCCUCCACUCGGAGUUUGCUUGCGCCAUGGUUGCUGCACUGUUGAAUUCAUCAUCUGCUUGCUACUUACUAUUCUGGGCUAUAUCCCUGGUAUAAUUUAUGCCCUCUAUGCGAUUAUCUUUAUUGAUCGUGAUCAGUACUUUGAUGAAUCUAGGCGUCCUCUGUAUGCACCAGGACAACAGUACUGAGUGACACAUACAGGGUUUGUUACUGGGUGUGUCCAACUCUCAAUUAUGUAAUGGAUAUCAUAUCACUUGAACUGCAUUCUUGUUUGUGAUUUCAUUGAAACUGCGCUUUUCCAAUUUGUAAUUUGCAUCUUUUAUGUGGCAGCGUCGUAUUUAGUUGAGAACAGGUGCUCAUAGUCAUCUGGUUAUGUGAUUGUUAAUUGUAUGGAUAUAUGUGCAGUGAUGAAAUUAUGAAAAGAAAUAUGUUUGCUUA